UUUCUUCUCAAAUUUCAACAAAUUAAUCGAAUCCAUGGCAUCAUCAUUUUCUUUUGCAAUUGAUUCAGAGUACUGUCCACGAUGGAAGUAUGAUGUUUUUCUAAGUUUUAGAGGUGAAGACACUCGGAGAACAUUUACAGGUCACUUGUACGAAGGUUUGAAAAAUAGGGGAAUAUUCACCUUUCAAGAUGAUAAAAGGCUAGAGCAAGGCGAUUCCAUCCCACAAGAACUCUUGAAAGCUAUCGAAGAGUCUCAAGUUGCACUCAUCGUUUUCUCAAGAAAUUAUGCUAAAUCAAGGUGGUGCUUGAAUGAAUUAGUGAAGAUCAUGGAAUGCAAGGAGGAAAAAAAUGGACAAACAGUCAUACCGAUCUUCUAUGAUGUGGAUCCAUCACAUGUUCGAAACCAAAGUGAAAGCUUUGCAAUAGCAUUUGCCGAACAUGAAUUGAAGUAUAAAGAUGAUAUUGAUGGGAUGCAGAAGGUGCAAGGAUGGAGAACUUCCCUAACUGUAGCUGCAAAUUUAAAAGGAUAUGAUAUUCGUGACGGGAUUGAAUCAGAGAAAAUUCAGCAGAUCGUCGACUACAUCUCUUCCAAAUUUUGCAAAAGUACUCUUUCUUUAUCUUUUUUGCAAGAUGUUGUGGGAAUAAAUGCUCAUUUAGAGAUACUAAAAUCUCAACUUCAAAUAGAAAUCAAUGAUGUUCGGAUUUUAGGGAUCUGGGGAAUAGGCGGAGUCGGUAAAACGACAAUAGCAAAAGUCAUCUUUGAUACCAUAUCUUAUCAAUUUAAAGCUGCUUGUUUUCUUGUGGAUAUUAAAGAAAAUGCAAGAAAGAAUCAACUGCAUUCUUUACAAAAUAUCCUUCUAUCUGAACUUUUAAGAAAAAAAGAUGAUUACGUCAAUAAUAAGUAUGAUGGGAAGUGUAUGAUUUCGAGCAGACUUUCUUCUAUGAAGGUGUUGAUUGUGCUUGAUGACAUAGAUCAUUGUGAUCAUUUGGAGUAUUUAGCAGGUGAUCUUUGUUGGUUUGGUAAUGGUAGUAGAGUUAUUGUAACAACUAGAAAUAGACAUUUGAUAGAGAAAGAUAAUGCAAUAUAUGAAGUGCCUACACUACCGGAUAAUGAAUCUAUGCAAUUGUUCAAUCAACAUGCUUUCAAAAAAGAAAUUCCAGAUGUGCAUUUUAAGAAGUUCUCGUUGGAGGUAGUAAAUCACGCUAAAGGCCUUCCUUUAGCCCUCAAGGUGUGGGGUUCUUUGUUGCAUAAGAAAGGUCUAACCCAGUGGAGAAGAACAGUAGACCAAAUAAUGAAAAAUUCCAAUUCAGAAAUUAUUGAAAAACUCAAAAUAAGUUUUGAUGGGUUGGAGCCCGAAGAGAAAGAGAUAUUCCUAGAUAUUGCAUGUUUCUUCCGUGGAGAAAAAAGAACAAAAGUCAUGCAAAUCGUUGAGAGCUGUGAUUUUGGAGCUGAAUACGGAUUGAAUGUCCUAAUUGACAAAUCUCUUGUGUUCAUCUCUAUAGAUGAUACGAUUGAAAUGCAUGACUUGAUUGAAGAUAUGGGUAAAUACAUAGUGAAAAUGCAAAAGCAUCCAGGUGAACGUAGCAGACUAUGGGAUGUUGAAGAUUUCGAGAAAGUGAUGGUGGACAAUACAGGGAGCAUGACAGUGGAAGCAAUCUGGUUUAAUUAUUACGAAAAAAUAUGUUUUAACAAAGAGGCAAUAAAAAAUAUGCAAAGGCUUAGGAUAUUAUGCAUACGUUAUGUGGGCGAUUGUAUCCAAAGUGAUUCACAAGAUGACUCAAUUGAGUACCUACCGAAUACCUUGUGUUGGUUUGUCUGGUAUAACUAUCCUUGGAAGUUAUUGCCAGAAAAUUUUAGUCCCAAAAGGCUUGUUCAUCUUGAUCUCCAGCAAAGUUCGUUGCAUCAUUUAUGGAAUGAAACGAAGCAAUUGUCGUUUCUACGGAGGCUAUUUCUAAGGGGCUCUAAAAACCUGAAGAGAACACCAGAUUUCGAGGGGAUGCCAAAUUUGGAGUAUUUGAAACUAGGUCAAUGUACGAGUCUUGAAGAGGUUCACCAUUCCCUGAGAUAUUCCAGAAAACUCAUUGAGUUAGAUUUGUUUGAGUGUAAAAGCCUUGUGAGGUUUCCAUAUGUUAAUGUGGAAUCUCUGGAAUCUCUGGAUCUACAAAACUGCUCUAGUUUAGAAAAAUUUCCAGAAAUCCUCGGAAUAAUGAAGCCGGAGUUAAAGAUUUGGAUGUCAUACUCUGGGAUAAGGGAACUGCCAUUAUCUAUCAUUCAUAUCCUAGCUAAUCUUACAGAGCUAGACUUGCUUUCUAUGAAUAACCUUGUAUCUCUUCCUAGUAGCAUUUGUAAGUUGAAAGGUUUGGUGAAGCUAAUUGUGUCAAAUUGCUCGAAACUUGAAAACUUGCCAGAAGAGAUAGGUGAUUUAGAAAAACUGGAGGAGCUUCAUGCUAGCUAUACUCUAAUCUCACGACCUCCGUCUUCCAUCAUCCGGUUGAACAAGCUUAAAUUAUUGACUUUUGCGAAAGAAGAAUCAGAAGAUAGAGUGUACUUUGUGUUUCCUCAGGUGAAUGAAGGGUUACUCUCAUUAGAAGAAUUGGAUCUCAGUUGCUGCAAUUUAAUAGAUGGAGGACUUCCGGAAGACAUUGGAUGCUUAUCCUCUUUGAAAGAGUUGAAUCUCUGUGGAAAUAAUUUUGUGUAUUUGCCUCGAAGCAUUGCCCAACUCAGUGCUCUUCGAUCCUUGUACUUAUCAAAUUGCACGAGGCUCAAAGAGCUGCCAGGUCUCUUAGGGAUGCAAUACUUGUAUACAUUGGAUCUCAGUUACUGCAAUUUAAUAGAUGGAGGAUUUCUCAAAGACAUUGUAUCCUCUUUGAAAAAGUUGUAUCUCUGUGGAAAUAAUUUUGAGUAUUUGCCUCGAAGCAUAGCCCAACUCAGUGCUCUUCGAUCCUUGUACUUAUCAAAUUGCACGAGGCUCAAAGAGCUGCCAGAAUUUCCACAUCAAUUAGAUACAAUUAAAGCAGAUUGGAGCAAUGAUUCGAUCUGUGAUUCGUUGUUUCAGAAUAUCUCAUCAUUGCAGCAUGAAAUCUCUGAUUCACAUUCCUUGUCACUAAGAGUGUUUACGAGUUGGGCAGAUCAUAUCCCAAGUUGGUUCCACCAUCAGGGGCUGGAUACAAGUGUAUCAGUCGCAUUGCCUGAGAAUUGGUAUGUAUCGGAUAACUUCUUGGGAUUUGCUGUAUGUUACUCUGGCAAAUUAACUGAUAUCACAGCUCACUUGAUUCCGUUAUUAUGUGAUGAUAGGAUGACCCGGAAACUUGCCUUAUCCAACCAUUCAAAAUGUUUAGUACAACGUACUAUUCAUUUCUUCUUGAUACCGCUUGUUGACUUAUGGGAUGCAUCGAAUGCAAAUGGAAAACAACCAAAUGACUAUGAGAUUAUUAGUUUAUUUUUUGGAGAAUUGAAGGCUUUUGGAGUUCGUUUGUUGUAUAAAGAUGAAUCCGAGCUUUGCAUUGGGAUAAGGAGGAGUAGAAAUGAAGAGACCAGUAGCUCCUCUUCUAAGAAACAAAGGUCUCAAGUAAAAGUGCCAGUAUCUUCAAUCACGAUGCAGCUCUUUCCCACAAGCCCGGGAUUUUAGAUCAAAUAUAGGUCUUGAGAUACAUUGGAGUUGUCGAGCUGCAAAGAUACAAUGAAGAGUGCACAACUCUCAGGUCGGGGUGCUACUCUUACGAGGUGAAGUUGCAGUUAAUCCUACUCUUAUUUCUAUGAAAGUGUACCACUUUUAAAGUUAAAGAGCUCCUAAACUAAAAAGAAAGAGUGUCGUAUUAAAGAGUUCCCAAAUACAGAAAAACGUCAAGAGUCUUUGUGUUAACUUGCCUAUUACAUCAGAUAAAAUGACAGAAGGAUACUUUCUGCUGUAUUAACUCAUGACAGUUCGAUUUCUAGCAAAAUAUUGAGUGCUAGAUUUUUAACCUCUUUGCUCAAAGACGAAAUGAACUAAUACACGAGUUGUCUUAUUAACUAU